ACCCCAUACUCGCCAGCACUCUCUACUCCGAUCAGAAUUCGACGAUGGAUUUCGCCGCCGACGACGGCGACGAAUGGAAUUUCAGCGCCGAAGAGCUUGACUCUCUGGAAAGAGACGCUCUCCAGAAACUCUCUCUGCAACGCGUCAACUCCGCUUCCACUUGUUCCUCUUCUUCUUCCUUCAACCACCACCACCACCACCACCACCCGCACCAGCCUUUACCUUUCACCACCGCGGCCGCCAGAAGUAAUGCCUUCCAAGGCUCAAUUCCCAAGUCUUUUCCUAACCAGGUGCCACCGCUGCCGCCUUUGUCUCCUGGAGCCAGAGCAUUACCUUCUUCUGUAAACCCUGUUGAACGGAAGCUCACGGUCAAAUUUUUUCUUCAUGCUACUGGAAACAUUGCUGCAAAAUUUUCUUAUGACCAGGCGGUUGUAGCUGCUUUCCGCAAGAUUCCCAAAGCUGCAUGGUAUGCAAAAGAAAGGUUAUGGAUGUUUCCUGUGUCUUCUUUGUCUUCAGCAGAAAAAGUUCUCUGUGAAGUAUCGGGAGUUAAUGUUGAGGUAGAGAAUUUAGAUCCCUUAGUCAACCGGGCCAUCGCUGCUGUGUCUGUUGUUCCAGAUAUUCGAGACCUGUAUGACAGGAUACCUAGCUCUAUUGAAUCAAAGCUCUUGGAAUUUCAACGAGAAGGUGUAAGGUUUAUCUUGCAGCAUGGAGGGCGUGCACUCCUUGCUGAUGAAAUGGGACUGGGAAAGACUUUACAGGCUAUUGCUGUGGCUUCCUGCAUUCGUGAAUCAUGGCCUGUUCUUAUACUCACACCAUCUUCCUUGCGUCUGCAAUGGGCUUCUAUGAUUCAACAAUGGAUGAACAUUCCUCCAUCAGAUAUACUGGUUGUUUUGUCUCAAAGUGGGGGUUCAAACCGAGCUGGAUAUACAUUAGUAUCCUCAAGUUCCAAAGGGACAAUUCAUCUUGCUGGCCUAAUUAACAUCAUCUCUUAUGACAUAGUCCCCAAAUUACAGAAUCUGCUGAUGGCAUCAGAUUUUAAGGUUGUGAUUGCAGAUGAAUCGCAUUUUUUGAAAAAUGCUCAAGCAAAGAGGACAACUGCUUCCCUGCCUGUCAUCAAGAAGGCUCGAUAUGCAAUGCUGUUAAGUGGAACUCCUGCAUUGUCCCGACCGAUCGAACUAUUUAAGCAGCUGGAAGCCUUGUAUCCUGAUGUUUACAAAAAUGUCCAUGAAUAUGGCAAACGAUAUUGUCAGGGUGGAACAUUUGGAGUGUAUCAAGGUGCAAGUAACCAUGAAGAAUUGCAUAAUUUGAUGAAGGCUACAGUGAUGAUUCGUAGACUUAAAAAUGAUGUACUCUCUGAACUUCCUGUAAAGCGCAGACAACAGGUCUUCUUAGAUUUGGCUGAAAAGGACAUGAAACAAAUCAACGCUUUAUUUCGUGAGUUGGAGGUGGUAAAGCUGAAAAUUAAGGCCUGCAAAUCAAAAGAAGAAGUCGAUUCGCUUAAAUUUAUGGAAAAGAAUCUUAUCAAUAAGAUUUAUACUGAUUCAGCUGAGGCCAAGAUCCCAGCAGUUCUGGAUUACCUGGGAACCGUCAUUGAGGCUGGUUGCAAGUUUCUAAUAUUUGCACAUCAUCAAUCAAUGAUCGAUGCAAUAUAUCAGUUUCUUCUGAAGAAGAAAGUGAGUUGCAUUCGAAUUGAUGGCAGUAUACCUACAGUUGAGAGGCAAGCAUAUGUUACACAAUUUCAAGAAAAAGAUUCUGUCAAGGCAGCAGUGCUAUCUAUCAAGGCCGGAGGUGUGGGUUUAACUUUAACAGCUGCAAGCACUGUAUUAUUUGCAGAAUUGUCGUGGACUCCUGGUGACCUUAUUCAAGCUGAAGAUCGUGCUCACAGGAUUGGCCAGGUGUCUUCAGUCAAUGUGUACUACCUUCUAGCAAACGACACAGUUGAUGACAUCAUAUGGGAUGUUGUUCAGAGCAAGUUGGAAAAUCUGGGACAGAUGCUGGAUGGCCAUGAGAAUUCAUUGGAAGUUUCAGCCAGCCAGCCACGCAGUAGCCCUGCAAAGCAGAAGACACUCGACUCUUUCUUAAAAGUUUCAACCAGCCAGCCACAAUUCAGCCCAGGAAAACAGAAAACACUUGAUUCUUUCUUGAAGCGUUGCAAUAACAGUGAAGAGCAAGAAAAUGAACCGAAAUCUAAAUACCAGAGGCAGUAACAGACUACAGGGGGGUACUGUAGUUGUAUUUUUGAGAAGUUGAGAUAUGCGGAAGCAUCUGGGUUUUGGAUCAAAAGGAAAAAAGGGGUGCUGGUUGGGUUACCUGUUAAUCCUAGAGCCACUCAGACUCGGUUUGCUAAUACAGCAUUGACUUGUAGAUCCUCUAGUUGGAUGCUUGCAAAACCUCGCAAAUGGAUAUGCUUCAAGAAAUGAGGAAUUCUUCCUACAAUUUGGCUGCCAUAUGGAAGAUGAGGGCUUCUUUGAUUGUAUAAUCAUGUACAUGCAGACUGCUGCAUACAGUAAUAUACUUCUGCGAGAAAAUGAUGAGUUUGCGUGAUUUUCCUA